UAGCUCAUCGGCGACAGUGUUCGUCAGUCCUGCAGACUACGUUCUUGGGUUCUGGGCUACCUUAUCGACGGCAUCAUGAUAUUGUCAUGAGGAUUUCUCAAUAUGGAUGCAUCAGGCAUAAACAUUUGCGGGUAGCAGCCCUAACGUUGGAGCGCCGGGACAGUGGUGGCGCUUAUCGGCAGCGUUCUGGAGAGCGGAUAAACCAAUUGGGUGCUGCGUGGUGCAUUAGCAUGGAGUCCGCCAAGGAGCGCCAGACCAACUUCGUCGACGUCCUGAGCGUGCCGCAGCUGUGGACGCAUCUCCAGGGCGCUGAGCUUACAGCCGUGCGCGGCUGCUCCCACGCCGCCCGCACCCACCAUGACGCGACGGUGACGUCGGCGCACAUCGUUCUGCGGGACCGGGCCCCGGGGGAGGCUGCAGCGCGCAUGCUGGAGGGUCUACGGCGCAUUUCGGGGCGGGGUUGUCGCCUCGCGCACCUGGCGGUGACGCGCCUGCAGUCUGAGGGCUGCGGCAGGCUGUGGUCCGACGUGCUGUCGCUAUCCAUGUGCUCGUGUGCCACACGCCUGGCGCUGCUGGGGCCGCACGCCCUGCCCUCGCAGGAGCUGGCGGCAGCACUUCCCACACUGGCCCCAUGCGUACGGCAGCUGACGGUGCAGCUGUGCGACACCGGUACGAGCGGCGCCGUGGACGUACUCCUCGCAGCCCUGGGGCCACGGCUGGAAGUGCUGGAGCUGCAGUUGUGCGGCGGAGCGGUGGUGCCGUGUGAGGGGCUGUUGGCGCUGGCCGCAGCAGCAGCUGCUGCUGCCCAGAGUGCUACUGCCAGUGGCGCUGCCGAUGGCACUGCCGGUGGUGCUGCUACAGCCGUGGAUCCUGUCCCUCAGUCUGCUAAAGCUGCUGCCUGCCAAAGCACGGGUUCGCCGUGCUGGAUCCUGGGUGGCCAACAGCGCACAAGGGAUGGCUGCGAGGGCACGGCCGUGAAGCAAACAUGCGGGACGGCAGUGGCAGCAGCGCAAGGGACGGCAGUAGCAGCGGCAGCAGCAGCAGCAGCCGCAGGGAUGGCCGCAACACCUGGGGCGCCGGCAGCAGCAGGCGGCCACAGGCGGCAUGCGGGGGGCAGGGGGCUGCGGGAGCUCCGUCUCGUCCUGGCGCUGGACAGACACAUGCACAUAGGUACAUUUAGGUACGGCACCCAGGCGCGUCCUGGGGGUCCUGGGGGACAAGGAGGAGGAGGCGGGGGCGGCGGUAGCGGCGGCCCAAGUGCGUGGCGCAGGAGCAGUGGAGCGGCGGCGGCGGCGGCGCAGUCACCGCCGGCACGGGCGGCAGCAGGCCGCGCGGUGCCGCCGGCUGUGGCGGCCAUCGCCGCGCUGGCGCCCUCCCUGCGCGCACUGUCCCUGACCGGCCCCUGUGUGGCCCGCGUGCUGGACCCCCCGGGCCGCCUGCUGGGGCUGUCGGCACUCACAAACCUGGAGCGGCUGCAGGUGGAGCUGCCGGCAGCCGCCGACCCGUACCUCACUAGCGGCAGCUACGGCGGCGGAGGAGGAGGAGGAGGAGGGUACGGCGGAGGGCGUUAUGGUGGCGGCGGCGCCGCCGCCGGAUGGGACGCCGGCGAUGGCGGCGGCGGUGGUGCCGUCUGCGACGGUGGCGGUGGCGGUUGGAAGUUGGGUCCGCUGCUGGCGGCGAUGACUUGGAUCCGGGAUCUGGAUCUGGGACCGUCGUACCGUCUGCCGCCAGAGGCGCUGGUGUCGCUGGCGGCGCUGACUCAGCUCACACGCUUGCGGUGCGGCUCCAUCGCGACGCCGCCGCCGCAACAGCACCAAUCGCUGGCGGCUGUGGCUGCUGCUGCAGCAGCGGCAGGAAGCACUCCUGAGUUCAUGGAUGCGGCCGCAGAGGCGGUGUCUGCGGCGCACCGCGACGCCUUGAGGCGACCUGGCAGCAGCGGAGCCAGCGCCAGCGCAGGAGCUGGCAGCAGCGUACCCAGCGGGCAAAUGGCGGGUGUGUGGGAAUGCAAAGAAGAGCCGACUGGGGCGGACGGGUUACAGGCAACAGUGCAGAUGCACACGCAGACGCAGCCGACCACGUGUGCAGAUGGCUGCCAGGCUGCCACAGCCCCUUUGCUGCCGCUGCCGGCAGGAGUGUUGAGGCUGCCACUGCCUCCCGCGCUUACUGUUCUGGAGGUUUCUGCGCUACCCGCAGUGCCGGUGCUGGCAGCCCUGGCGGCCUUGCCCCGCCUCCGCGCCCUUUGCAUCACGCCCGCAGCCCCGGUGCCGGCCCCGGCCCUGGGCCCUGCUCAGCCGGGGGCCGCGGCCGUUGGGGUUGCCGCUUCCAGGAGUGCCUUGUUGGGCGCGGCUGCUUGGGCCCGGCAGGCGGCCGGGGCGGGCAGAUCGCCUGCAGCUGUGACGGCCGCCCACACGCGCCCCACGGCGGGCGGUGGCGAGCAGGCAGACACACAUGACAGCGCAGGCGGCGGCAGCGCCUCCCUACCCGGGGCGGCGGCGCCGCGUGAAGGCACGUCGGGUGGCGGCGUCGGCGGCAGCAGCCGGGUGUGGGUGCCGGCGUGCAAAGCGCAAGGAGCCCGGGGCGCAGAGGCAGCCGCCCUGCCCCAGCAGGCUGCCCCUGCAAGCUCGGGUGCCACUGCUGCAACGAUUCCUGCUUCCAGCGCUGCUACAGCCUCUGGGUCGAGUAUGGCGGCAGCAGCGGAUGCUACAGCUUCUGAGCCGCUGCGCCUGGCGCUUGUUGGGGACGAGUGGGAGCACGGGCAGCACCACCCAGCCGGCCUGCAGCUCCAGCUACAGCGGGAGCAGGUGGGGCGGCGGCUGGGCGCAGCUGCAGCAGUGGCGGCGGCGGCGGAGCAGGGAGGGCCGCCCGGCACCGGCGGGGCUGCGGGGUCGCAGCCCCAGGAAGUGGUCACGGCGGCUCGGCUGCUGCAGCGUGUGCUGCCGCCCUCCGCCAGAUGCCGUCUGUCUCUGCACCCCUUCACCCGCUCCCCGGCGCGCCUGGCGGGGCCGCAUGCGGCCUGGAUGUCGGAGCUGUGGCCGCUGGCGGGCGACAGCGGUGGCGGCGGCGGUGGUAAUCGCGGCGGCGGCAAUGGCGGCGGCUCUACUGGCGGCGGCUCUACUGGCAGCUCUGGGGGCGGCGUGGAGGCUGUGGAGGUGGCGGGGCUGGACCUGGCGGCGGGGGACCUGGAGGCGUUGCUGGCAGCACUGCCGCGUGUCAAGAGCCUGGGCCUGUUCAUGUGCCGACUGCCGGACGCCGACCUGGGGCGGCGGCUGCAGGUGGAGCGGCCGGGGCUGGCACUGCGAGUGGACUCAAGCUGCGUGUACGACAACCCGCCCGCAGCCUCCCUGUACGGCGGCGGUGGCCAUGUGCCGUACGGCCGCGGAGGCUACGGCUGCGGCGCGAACGGGCAGUACGGAGGCGCGUUGGGCGACGGCGAUGACGAAGAGGAAUUCGUGGAUGAGGCCGAGAUAAGGGAGGAGGAUCCUGAUAAGGAGGUGGCGGCUUUGGGGGGCGCGCUUUGGCCCAUUGCUGUUGAGCUCCAGCGCGCGUAUGAGAGGGCGCUGGAUGCGACGGAUGAUGAGGAGGAGGGGGAGGGCGAGGAGGCGGACGGCGGUGGGGAGGCGGGGGACAGCGAGGUGGCGGAGUGGGAGGAGGACGGCGGCGCUGCCUGGGACGAACAGAGCUGAGAGCGAGGGGCGUGCGAUGGUCCGUGUGGUAGGUUGUAGAGUGGAUGGCAUUCCUCUCAGUACAGUAUUGGCGUUAAGUUGAUACAGCGCAAGUCGUGAGGGUUGCAGACUUGCAGGGCAAGAGGGCACUGCAAGAGGGUUUUGGUGGAUCAGCAGGGAGGCGGCGAGGCCUGGCCAGAUGGCUGGGGUUCGGCCCGUGUCAAGUGUGCCAAAUUCCGUGUGUCGCAGGUGGUCGCGAGGACCGCAGCACUUUGUGCAAGAUUCCAAAUGUACAUAAUACU